GCACGUUUUGGCUUUGACGACAUGUUGUGGACGGUCAGCACGAUCGUUAGGAAAUUUUCCACCAGCUCAACUCGCUGCCAAAGUAAGCUGAAGCUGGCACUGAUUGGACAGAGUCUGUUUGGACAGGAAGUGUACACAAGCCUACGGAAGCAAGGACACCAGGUGGUGGGAGUGUUCACUGUUCCAGAUAAGGAUGGCAAGGCAGACCCACUGGCUGUGGCAGCAGAGAAAGACGGCACACCUGUGUUUAAGUUCCCGCGCUGGCGUGUGAAGGGAAAACCAAUUCCGGAGGUGGUGGAUGCCUACAAGGCGGUUGGUGCUGAACUUAAUGUCAUGCCAUUCUGCUCCCAGUUCAUCCCCAUGAACGUGAUCGACCAUCCCAAGCUCGGCUCUGUCAUCUAUCACCCUUCUAUCCUGCCCAGACACAGAGGAGCCUCUGCAAUCAACUGGACAUUGAUUGAGGGUGAUAAAAAGGCAGGAUUUUCUGUAUUCUGGGCUGAUGAUGGUUUGGACACUGGUCCUAUCCUGCUCCAGAAGGAAUGUCCAGUGGAACCCAACGACACAGUGGACACGCUAUAUAACCGCUUCCUUUUCCCAGAGGGAAUUAAAGCAAUGGUGGAUGCAGUGCAGCUCAUAGCAGAUGGCAAAGCUCCAAGAAUUCCUCAGCCUGAGGAGGGUGCCAGUUAUGAGGGCAUUCAAAAUAAAUCUAAUGCUCAGGUGAACAUGGCUCAGCCUGCUGAAGUUAUACAUAACUGGAUUCGUGGCCAUGAUAAAGUUCCUGGAGCGUGGGCAGUCAUUGAUGGACAGCCAGUGACGCUGUAUGGCUCUUCACUGCUGAGUGGUCCAGUUCCUGCAGGUCAGCCUCUGGAAGUGAAUGGAGCAUCUCAACCCGGACUCAUUACCAGCUCAGGCCUCGUGCUCUUCGGCACAGAUGGAAAAGCGCUCCAGAUCAAGAAUCUGCAAUUUGAAGAUGGAAAGAUGAUUCCAGCUUCCAAAUACUUUUCUUCAGGAGAUAGCGCCAGUGUAGAGCUCACUGAGGAGGAGAAGAAGAUGGCAGAGGAAAUAAGGGUCAUCUGGAAGAGCAUUUUGAGCAAUGUGGCAGUAAUUGAGGACACAACCGAUUUCUUUAAGUCUGGGGCUGCAUCUAUGGAUGUGGUCAGACUUGUGGAGGAGAUCAAGCAAAAGUGUGGAGAUGUGCAGCUGCAGAAUGAGGAUGUGUACAUGGCUACCUCAUUCCAAGAGUUUAUUCAGAUGUUUGUACGUCGUUUGAGAGGGGAGGACCAGGAGGAAGAGCUGGCCAUUAAUUAUGCUACAAAAGAUGUGAAUAACAUGACACUGAAGAUGCCCUACCAGUGUUUCAUCAAUGGGAAAUUUGAGGAUGCUGAAAAUGGAAAGACUUACGACACUAUUAGCCCCAUUGAUGGCUCGGUGAUCUGUAAGGUGGCGUUUGCCUCUGUUGCUGAUGUGGACAGAGCAGUAGCAGCUGCUAAAGAGGCAUUUGAGGUGGGCCCAUGGGGCAGGAUGAACCCUCGUGACCGUGGCAGACUGCUCUACAAACUGGCUGAUCUUAUGGAGGAACAUCAGGAGGAGCUGGCUACUAUUGAGGCCGUUGACUCAGGUGCUGUGUAUACACUUGCACUGAAGACUCAUGUAGGCAUGUCCAUUCAAACCUUUAGAUACUUUGCUGGUUGGUGUGACAAAAUCCACGGCACAACAAUACCUAUCAACCAGGCCAGACCCAACCGCAACUUGACCUUUACUAAAAAAGAGCCUCUGGGAGUUUGUGCUAUUGUGAUUCCAUGGAACUACCCUCUAAUGAUGCUGGCCUGGAAGAGUGCAGCUUGUUUAGCUGCUGGAAACACGCUCGUCCUUAAACCUGCACAGGUGACACCUCUCACAGCACUGAAGUUUGCUGAGCUGGCAGCUAAAGCAGGCAUUCCUAAAGGUGUCAUCAAUAUCAUACCAGGAUCAGGUGGAAUGGUAGGACAGAGGUUGUCUGAUCAUCCUGAUAUCCGUAAGCUGGGCUUCACUGGCUCUACUCCCAUUGGGAAACAGAUCAUGAAAAGCUGUGCGGUCAGUAACCUGAAGAAAGUCUCCCUGGAGCUGGGUGGUAAAUCCCCUCUCAUUAUCUUUAGUGACUGUGACAUGGACAAGGCUGUGAGGAUGGGUAUGAAUUCUGUAUACUUCAACAAGGGAGAGAACUGCAUAGCUGCAGGCAGACUGUUUGUAGAGGAAUCCAUUCAUGAUGAGUUCAUCAGUCGUGUGGUUGAAGAGAUUAAGAAGAUGAAGAUCGGAGAUCCACUGGACCGCUCCACAGACCAUGGCCCCCAGAACCACAAAGCCCAUCUGGAUAAACUGUUGGAGUAUUGUGAUAUUGGUGUAAAGGAGGGUGCCACUCUUAUCUACGGAGGAAAACAGGUUGACCGACCUGGCUUUUUCAUGGAGCCUACAGUGUUUACAGAUGUAGAGGAUCACAUGUUCAUUGCUAAAGAGGAAUCAUUUGGUCCUGUCAUGGUGGUAUCCAAAUUUAAAGAUGGUGAUGUGGAUGGCGUAUUGAGCAGAGCAAAUGAUACAGAGUUUGGCCUGGCAUCUGGAGUCUUUACACGGGACAUCAACAAAGCCAUGUACGUGAGUGAGAGACUGGAGGCUGGAACUGUCUUUAUCAACACCUAUAACAAGACAGACGUGGCUGCGCCGUUUGGAGGUUUCAAGCAGUCCGGCUUUGGAAAGGAUCUUGGUGAGGAAGCUCUUCAUGAAUAUCUACGGACCAAAGCAGUUACUGUAGAGUACUGAGAGUAAAACUUUACCUGCUGCUGCUGGACUCUGCUAGACUGCCAGGCUGUGGGUGGGACUGCUGCUCACACUUUUCUGACGCCACGCUAGGCUUUGGAUUGAAACUGGAUUGACGAAGACGAAAUAGCAAUCCCUUCCACGAUUAGAUUUUGUGCCUACGAUUUUAUUCUUUUUUCAGGAAACGCCUUUCUCUUUGGAGAGGGAAGAGUUUUCCAUGCCAAGGCAGCUCAGUGCACUCCUGGUGGACACCAAGGACAUGGAUCAAAGGCAUUUUAGCUUCUGAAAAUGCCAUCAACAAACACUGCCAAUGUUUGACUGUUUUGCCAUCAUUUUAUCCAAAAAGUAGCAUUCUGACUGUGGCAGAAAUCAGUAACACUUUACUCAAACAGUACUCAACCAUGUAUCAUGACAGUGACAUAACCUUGUCAUGAACCUGUCAUGUCAGAUGUCGUAUGCUGUCAAGACUGGUCAUAACCGUUGAUGUUAAGUAUUGUUAACAGUUGUGUUUCCAGUUGCAGUCAUUGUCAUGCAUGCUAUUUUUGCUUAAACGCUCUAGUUAGCAUUAAGUUAGCAAAGACAUGUUGAUGUCAUACACUAAAAAGCCAAGAAGUAUGUUGUCCCUAAUUAUUAGGUUAACCCUUUAAUGGUCUCACCAAGAAAAUGAUGUUUAAAAAAUAUUUCUUGGGCCCCCAGGUGGCGCAGCGGGAUGUUCCGCUAGCACACCAGCGCCGAGAUUCUGAACUCCUCGGUUCGAAACUUGGCAUUGCCACAGGUUGCCAUCUGGCGGGCAUAAUUGGCAGUGCCUGCAGCAGAUACGAAUUGGCCACUGUAUCUGCUCGGGCGGGAUGACCGGACUAUGUGUGGGUGGGAUCUUCAUACGCUGUGUAAGGACCCUGAUUGGCGGAAGAGACGCCAGUGCAGAAUGCAGGGGUGAGAAGAGGAGGGUUGGGCAAGUGUCGAAAGAGGCAUGGGCAGCGACAUGCUCUUCUCAGAUGCAAUCAGGUAUCCCUCAGCAGCGGAAUACAAAUUGACUGCGCUUUAUUGGGAGGACUAAAGCAGUCGAGUGCCAGACUUCUACAUUUCUCCGUUGCCUACAUCGGCACCACAAUCAGACAGUAGGUGUCGCUGUUGCAGUGGAAACAGGGUGAUAUCCUAUCCAGGCUUUCUUUUGUCAGGCUCAGUGGUAUGAAUAGAGAGUCCAAUUAGACUGGUGGUGUUUUUAGAGUCUCAGUAGUGGUUCAUUUUUAUUUGUUUUUAUUUACAUCAGCUGCUUUAUCUUGUGUACCUGCUUUAUUAGGGUCGCGGCAGGUUCACUUUCUUACACUGGGCGCAAGGCAGGAAUACCCUGCUCGCAUGGCUUUAGCCACCCCCUUUCUGCCCGACCACUAAAAAGCACCGCUGAGAUUCGAACCUAGUGGUGGGCUACAUUUCACUCUUUAGUGGUUGCGUGUGAGCAUAAAAGACUGCUAUGACUCCCAGGCGACUUGUGCCUAUAGUUUUGGAAUGAAUUAUCCAACAAGCUCAUGGUCAGGUGUCCACAUACUUUUGGCUCUAUAGUGUAUACAAAUCUGAUAGUUUAAACGUAGGCUGCUUUCCUAUAACUACAGAAAGAUGUUAGAUAGUUUAAAAAGAUGCCAACAUUUUAAAACAUUCAUCAUCACCAGCAUAGAUUGUUUAAUGUCAGGUGACUUUUGCGACUCCUGUUUUAAAUGAAUAUACAUGUAAAUAUUUAUAGAUCUAAGCUAUAUGGUCCAUUUGAGGAUUUUUUUUUGUAUUCCGGUCAGGAAACACAUCAUGUUUUUAGUUUGUAAAAAUGACCAAACAAUAUAUACAGACAAGUGUAUGGGAGGGUUAACUGCAAAUCACUGAUCUGACAGAAGGAUUCUGCCUUUGCCUAAAUGGGCACGAAUUCCCACAGAUCCACACUUUUAAAAUCUUUUUAAAAGCUUUAAAAGCCUUGACAAGAAGAAAGGCUGUUGUAAUAUCAAAAAGCAAAGCAAGCAACUCAAUAUAAAUGCUUAUACAGUACUUUUGAAAUGGGCUGUCCCAACAGGCUCCACAUACUCUUGGCAAUGUGGUGUAGAUUCAGUAUUCAUAAAGGUUUAUUGUCACUGUCAAAAUCAGCUUUUCCUAACUUCACCGUGAACAAUGUAUUAUGUAAGAAUAAAUAAUUUCAGGGAUUACAGUAUUUAUUUUGCCAAGCAGCUACUGUACAGCAACAGUGCUACAUGAAUUUCUAUGAACAAUAAAUUAUGAA